UUGGCUGAGAGACAAUCAGCUGAUGUGUUCUGGGCAAAACCCAAGACAGUAGAACAGAUUAUAAAGCUGGUAAAAGUAGCCAAUGAGUUUGGAUUAAACAUUCGACCAGUUGGACACAAACAUUCUUGGUCACCCUUAUAUGCUGACAAUGGAGAUAUUGGACUUGACCUGACAUUGCUUGUGGGUAGUAGGUUUACCCUAGACAAGGAGAGAAUGUUGGCAAGUUCGCUAGGCUCAGCUUUACUUUCCGAGUUCAUUAAUUUCACAAGAGAAAAUGGAGUGACGAUACCCUCAGCACCUUCAGUACCAGAUGCCACCCUUCAAGGGGUCAUUGGAACAGCUGCUCAAGGUGGUUUCAUCAAAGAUGGGCCAACAGCAAUCUAUGUAAAUGCUAUUGACUUAGUAGAUGGCCAGGGCAAUGUGAGACAUUUCAAUGAAGAUGAUGAUAAAGAUGUUAUCGCAGCAUGCAAAGUCCAUCUAGGAAUGUCUGGGAUUAUAUAUAACACCACUGUUAAGGUAGUUCCAGACACAACAUUCAAGUUUACCAAGUUUAAUGUGCGAGUGCAAGAUCUGAUGUUUAAUCCUGAAAAUAUUAAAGAUCUUGUGAUGAACAACGAUGGCUUAUACCUGUUAUAUAAUGCUUUCAAUGGAGCUACAGAUGAGGAGGUUAAUGCAAGAGAUGGAGAUGAACUUCAUAGACCACCAGAUUCAUGGACUCCCUUGAAUGAUCUUUUGCAAGUAUGGAUCUACAACCAGGAAAAUGGAACAACUAUUCAUGAUAUCGGUGAGGAAUUUCCUGAAACAUGGACACUUAACGACAACACUGAAUAUGAAGCCACAUCAGACUAUAGGACUCUUUCAGAAACAAUAUUCUUUCCAGCAGCUUUUCUUGAUAGUGUACAUUUAAGGAGGAACACAGGCUGGAUUGGAACUGAAUCUGAGGACUUUUCUGACAGCCAAAGGACAAUUAAGAAUUUCUUCCAAGUUAUAGAAGAGAGUUUAAAGAAAUAUGGGAUGACAUAUGAGUCUUAUUAUGGUUUGUUCAAAUGGAUCACCCAUCAAGAUGACUGUGUCUUGUGUCAUACAAAGGUAGCUGGAAGUUUUAAAACGGUCAUAGACUAUGAAUGGGUGCUUUCAACUGCUACUGGUUUACUGUCAGAUAAUGCUGUGCCACAAUGGGCUAAGAUAUAUGACUCCAUUCCUGGCAUAUACAACCACAUUCGAAAUGUCUAUGGAUCCAGCUUUCGAGAGUUUAUCACCAUCCGAAACAAGAAGUCUCUUGAUCCAAGCAACAUCUUUAUGAACUCAAUGCUGAAAACACUGUUUCAGGAUUUCCUUGAGGAAGAGGGAGCAGCAAAAUCGGAGCUCUGA